AGUUCCCCUUGUCAAUUCUGGUGACAGCGCCCCCUUUCAAUCUUUGAUUCCUUGAGUCCAAAAAUUCUCAAAUCCUGGCUAUUGAAAAUCCUCUCGCCGGCGGCCAUGGCAGAUGCGGCGGCACUACCGGAUAUGGUAGCCGAAGGCGUAUCGCGGUCAACCACUUCUCGUGAGCUGCCGGCCAAUAUCGAUGGCGUGGUGGACGAGGACGAGUGUAGAAUAUGCCGAAGCCCUGGUGAGCCUGGUAACCCUCUUCGUUACCCCUGCGCUUGCCGUGGUACUAUUAAGUACGUACACCAAGAUUGCCUGCUACAGUGGCUCAAUCGCCGCAAGAUUUCUCAUUGCGAGGUUUGUAAGCAUGAAUAUUCUUAUGCUCCUGUCUAUGCCAGUGAUGCUCCAGCAAGGCUUCCUCCCCAGGAGUUUGUAAUUGGGCUUGCAGCAAAACUUUUUCAUCUGUUACGAAUCUUUCGGCACUUUGUGUAUUUGCUCGUCAUUUGGCUCCUUGCAAUUCCAUUUGUCACACAUUGGAUCUGGGAAUUCGCUUUCUUCAAGGGUUUUAGUGAAUUUAAAAUUCUUUUUACAAGUCAUCUUACUGUUGCUGCAAUCUUUGCUGAUUGCAUGCAUGGAUUUCUUCUUUCACUUGGAAUGGCAUAUAUAUUUCUUGGGAUUGCUUUUAUUAGGAUUAGUUUUCUGCAAGAACCGAUAGGAGCUCCUGGUUUGGCUAAUAGGAUAUUAGCUGGAAAUGAGAUUGCCGAAAAUGCUGGUAGAAGGCAAGGGGUCCCAGAUGUUCUCCAGUUAAUUAAGAGAAUUGUAGCAUUUCUUUUUAACUGGUGGAAAAUGUUGAUUUCUCGAAUUGUGAUUUACCUGGGCAUUGUCGAAAUUGUUCCCCCAAAUGAGUUUGGGAACAUGCAGUUCCCAUUUGAUGAGAAUGCAUUUGCUGUUGUUGCUAGCAAUAUGGUCUUCGUUGUUGUUCUAGUUCUUUUACCCUUUUGUUUAGGGCGGACAGCUACUUUUUUGCAAUAUUGGUUUUUCACUCAUGAUACAGCAGAAACAGUGUCAUCAGUUGUGUCAAUGAUAGAGAUAGCUCUUCUGUCAGUAAGUAAUACAACAAAGGAUGCACUAAAUGCUAUCACAUAUUUUAUAUUAUACCAUCGUGGAGUUAGCAUGCCAAGCCAGGUUUUAAAAGGAGACUCGAAGAUUCUUAAUACAGAGAUAAUAAAGAUGAAUAAAGCCUCCAUUAGUGUCAAUGGCCUAGUUUCAGCUGGCCUCCUUAAUGAACAACUGGAUGGAACACUAUCUCUGUCUGAUGAUGCUACUCUUUUCAUUGGAUACAUGGUUAUACUAUCAUUUAUUUUGCUCUACCUUGGGACUGUUUCUAUGAUGCGGUAUGCUAGAGGCGAGCCUUUGACCCUGCAGAGGUUAUCUGGAAUUGCUUCAAAGAUAAAUGCUCUAUGGUGCCUUAUUAGAAGAUUCUUUACACUAUUUAGGCAGGUUAUGACGAUGGUUAGUAGAAAUUUUCUGGCUAUUGUAAAGGUUUCUGUUAUAUUGGGAGUGAAUUUUGGUAUUUUCCCUGUGAUUUGUGGGUGGUGGUUAGAUGUUUGUACUUUAAGGAUUUUUGGACAGACAAUCACUGGAAGGAUUGCUUUCUUAGUAAACAAUCCUAUUCUGUUGUCAUUGGCUUAUUGGACAGUUGGAAUUUCCUACCUCAUAUAUGUUUUCGUUCAUGUGAACCUUAUGAAAGAGGUGUUCCGAGAUGGAGUUUUCUUCUUUUUUCCAGACAUUGCUGAUCCAGAAAACUACUUUGGUAGAAUGAUUGAAUGCCCUGUGUUCAAGCAUGCUCGUGGGUUUCUGUUGCUUGUCGGUGUUCAUGGUAGUUUGAUUGUGAUGCUGGUGUUUUUACCUAUCAAGCUAGUCAUUUUAUAUGCACCCUCUGUUUUCCCCCUUAAUCUUUUUAGUUCAGAAGCAAAAUCUGUUGCUGCUUUUUCUCUGCGAAGGUGUCUUUUUCAUUUUGGCGUCCCAUGUACCAUACGCUUUUACUAUCCAUCAGCAACAUUUAAAGUCCUUAUACAAAAGUGGCUAACUGUCACAUGCUCACUACUCAGCUUAAGUGAUUUUUUACAUCCUAGACACGAGAAUAAUGAUGGGAAUGUUGAACCCUUGAGACAGCAAAGAGCACAUAACGUAUCAACGGUUGCCCUAAUUGAAGGUCCAAAUGCUGGAUUGCGUACUUCAGGAUCUGAUGCUACUGAUGAUGCCAAGGGUGAAGAAGGCCAGGAAGCUGAUUACCGAUUUGUGCUGCGCGUUAUAAUAUUGUUGGUGCUGGCAUGGAUGACAGCACUUGUCUUUAAUUCCUUAAUGAUGGCUAUACCGGUUUUACUUGGCCGAACAUUCUUUCAAGCUGCUUCUCACCUCCUUUUAUCUCAUGGAUUUAAGUAUGAUGAUUUUUGUUCUUUUAUUAUUGGAAGCUGCAUGAUGCGGGCUGUUAUAAUCUGUGGCAAGUAUGCUGUAGAGCAUGUCCAAACAAGAGGUGUGGGGGCACUUUUGAGCCAAAUGGGGCAUUCCUGUAUGAAUGCCUUCAAAUUCUGUGCUGUUGUGUCAUCUGUGAUGUUUGUCAUUCCUGUUGUGAUUGGUCUUCUGCUAGACCUUGUGGUGGUUGUUCCCAUUCGAUUACCUUUGGAUGAAGGCACAGUUUCCACUUUAUUUCAGUGUUGGGUACUAGGAUGGCUCUUCCUAAUAACUUUAUUUGGGCUGGUAAUGGUCGAUAACGUGCAUUCUGUUGACGAAAGGUGGUUGGUGAAGCUUCAACGGACAGUUAGCGAUGGUCUUGCACAUCAGCCUGCCCUCUGGUUGUUAAAAGAGAUUUUGGUUCCUACUACGACGAGGAUUCUCAUUGCACUUUGUACGCCAUGCAUGCUUGUUAGAUUGGCAUUUAGUGUACUUGGAUAUCCCUUUCCAGUAAAGUCAGCCAUUCACCGUUUUUUCUGGCCAGGAUGCUUUGCCUUCAGUAUACUGUGGUUUAGUUCCAAGAUUAUAUAUGCAUUUAUAAUUUACUUGCACAACAGGAUAAGAGAUGACCGCUACUGUGUGGGCCGGAGAUUACAAGAUUAUGGAGAAAGUACUCAAAGGAAGCUAGUUGAGGAGGAGAAUGCAUUAGCAUUGCAAAAUCAAUGAUCAGAAUCCUACCUAGUUGCCGAGUAAGUAGCUAUUUUUGUACAUAUAGAUAUUUAGAGAGAGAGGGGAGGGGGGGUUCAUGCUCAUAUCUUCUGUACAGAGAGAAAAGAAAAAUCUAUCUUGAUGAUAGGAACACAAAUAGGUACACUAUAUAUAUAAACUAACAUUGGGAAGUAGUUAGAACGGUGAGAGACAAUCUUCUAUUGGUAAAAGCUUCAAUUGUACAAUUAUGAAAUUUAUUUUGAGAUUAUAUAAAUGAGUAAUUGGUGAAAAUAGAUAAUUUUCUAA